CCCCCCCCCCCCCCCCCCCCCCCCCCCCUUCCCAAACCUCACCUUCUUAAGUAGAGUGUUGAGUGAAAAAAAAUCACUGACAAAUAGGUGCAAAAUGGCUCUACAAGCAGCAUCUUUGCUUCCAUCUGCAUUUUCUCUCCACAAAGAGGGUAAAACAUCAAGUGCUAAUCUAAAGGACAGUAGCUUCUUUGGAGUUGCAUUGUCUUGCAAUCUGAAAUCUAAAUUCACUCCUGCAGGAAACAAGGAAUUGACAAGGAAAUUAGCAAUUGUACCUAUUAGAGCACAAACAGCUGCUACCACUCCUGCAAUCACCCAGUCUACCUCCGGACAGAAGAAAACCCUCAGGAAAGGCAAUGUGAUAAUUACCGGAGCCUCCUCUGGUUUAGGACUAGCUACAGCAAAGGCUAUAGGCGAAUCAGGAGACUGGCACGUUAUAAUGGCCUGUAGGGACUUCCUCAAGGCUGAAAAAGCAGCAAAAUCACUUGGCAUUCCAAAGGAAAACUACACAGUCAUGCAUCUGGAUCUCGCUUCCCUUGAAAGUGUCCGCCAGUUUGUAGAUAAUUUCCGACGUUCAGGGAGGCCACUUGAUGCACUAGUAUGCAAUGCUGCAGUGUACUUGCCAACUGCUAAAGAGCCAACUUUUACAGCUGAUGGAUUUGAGCUUAGUGUGGGCACCAACCAUCUCGGACAUUUCCUUCUUUCAAGGUUGCUGCUAGAUGACCUCAAGCAAUCAGAUUACCCACAAAAGCGCCUUAUAAUUGUUGGCUCCAUUACAGGAAACACAAAUACUUUGGCUGGAAAUGUGCCACCAAAGGCUAAUCUUGGAGAUCUACGAGGACUUUCAGGAGGGUUGAAUAGUUUAAACUGCUCACCCAUGAUUGAUGGAGGAGAAUUUGAUGGUGCCAAAGCCUACAAAGACAGCAAAGUCUGUAACAUGCUUACCAUGCAAGAGUUCCAUAGGCGUUUCCACGAGGAGACCGGCAUUGCCUUUGCUUCCCUCUAUCCCGGCUGCAUUGCUGAAACUGGUUUAUUUAGGAAUCACAUUCCCUUGUUCAGGACUCUCUUCCCACCAUUUCAAAAGUACAUUACCAAAGGCUAUGUAUCUGAAGAAGAAGCAGGAAAAAGACUUGCACAGGUAGUACGUGAUCCAAGUCUUUCAAAAUCUGGUGUCUACUGGAGUUGGAACAGUACCUCCUCCUCGUUUGAGAACCAGCUGUCGAAAGAAGCCAGUGAUGCAGAGAAGGCACGCAAGCUAUGGGAGGUCAGUGAGAAGCUCGUUGGACUGGCUUAAAUGGACUGGCUAGGGUGUGACUUGUUUUCCCAUCCAAGUCAGAAGAUGUAUAUAUGAGAUCACCAGAGUUCUUUAUCAAAAUACUUUUGGUAUUUGUUGUUAAUUGAUUUUACCAACAUAGAGUUUUCAGGUAGGUAGGCAACAAGUUCUUGUAAUGAUAUGAACAACUCAAUUCU